CUGAUACGGUAAGAGGAGGGGGGAAAAAAAGAGCAGAGAAGAAACUAACCGCCAAUGUCAGAAUCGACCUCCACAAGUGCGAGCACUGUCGCCGGAGCUUUAUCUUCGUCAGAGCCGCUCAAGAACGGUGAUGAUAUGGAGUCCGGAAAACUCACUCAAGCGCUACAUUUCUCUUCCGGUAACCCUAGAAUUGAAGAGACUAGGGGCGUUAUGCAUUUAUUCCGUGAAGAACUCGUCUCGUCGUCUUCCGAUCUCCCUGUUGAGAGGAAACCUCUACUUUGUGUGCUUGGAAUCCCAAAUCACAUGACGUACGCAGAUUUUUGCCUCUUUUGUGGUUCGUUCAUUCAAAAUAUAUUGGAAAUGAGAAUUGUCAGGUUUGGUUAUAAAACAAUUUAUAUUUGGUUAGUGUGGUAUCGUUUGAGUUCUAAUAGAGAUUUUGACACUUAUUUCAUUGCCUGCAAAUGGAUAGAAAAGACGGCGUGGAUGACAGUUAUAGCGUCUUGAUCAGAUUUGAUGGUCAGACCUCUGCAGAUCAUUUUUACAUGUAUUUCAAUGGAAAACAUUUCUCAUCUCUUGAGGUUGACAUCUGUCGCGUACUAUUCACCAUUGAUGUGCAAUUCACUGGUUCAAUUGAGCAUGCGCAGACUUCUCCGGUAGGCUUCACGGAGCAGCCCUCAUGUCCAGUCUGUCUCGAAAGGCUGGAUCAAGAUAUGGGUGGAACCCUGACAACUAUAUGCAAUCAUUCUUUCCAUUGCUCUUGUAUCUCUAAGUGGACUGAUUCUUCUUGUCCGGUUUGCCGCUAUUGCCAGCAGCAGCCUGAGAAAUCAAAUUGUUUUGUUUGUCAAACUUCAGAAAAUCUCUGGAUGUGCAUAAUCUGUGGAUAUAUUGGUUGUGGCAGGUUUAGAGAAAGACAUGCUAUACAACACUGGAAAGAUACAGAGCACUGCUAUUCCCUUGAAUUAGAAACACGACGUGUGUGGGACUAUGCUGGAGAUAACUAUGUUCAUAGACUGAUCCAAUCUAAAACUGAUGGCAAGUUGAUAGAGUUGAACCGCCAUUGUGCACUGGCCAAUGAUGGUUGUGGUACUUGUGAAUGUGGCAUGGAAGCUGAAUUUGGUGAUGUUCAAAUGGACAACAAAGUUGAUGCUAUUGUCAACGAGUACAAUGAGCUCCUAGCCAUCCAGUUAGAGAGUCAGAAACAGUACUUUGAAACUUUGAUUGAAGAUGCCGAAGAAGAAAAUCGAAAAGAAGUUGCUGAAGCUGUUGAGAAAGCUUCAAGUCAGAAUCCGAAAUUGGUAAAGUUGCAAGCUAAGCUGGAUAAGUGUGUGGAAGAGAAGAAUUUUCUUGAUGAUAUCAAUGACAAUCUCUUAAGAAACCAAGAGAUGUGGCAGGCUAAGAUUGCCCAAUAUGAAGAGAGUCAGAGUGUGGCUCUAGAGUUGAAGAAUAAGAAGAUAGAAGAAUUGGAGGAAAUGGUGAACUCUCAUCUUUGCUCUUUAUUUGCAUUGCUCGGUAUAUCAAUUAUUCCUCACAAAGCCUCUUUGAUGGUUUUUUUUUUUUUUGUUUUUUGCAAGUGCAGCUUAACAUUUUGAUGGCGUGCCUCGGAAAUGGUACUGCCCCAACUACUGACACAUGAAAGUCCAGAGAGUUUCACUAAGCAACCAACAGAAUCUGUUAAUGCUACAAGCAAAGGGGCCACCAAGAACCAUAACCAACGAAGUUCCCGGACAUGAGACAUGUUGCCUUUCAACAUUUGUUUGCCUCACUCUAGGUUAAAGAAAUCUGGGUUUUCGUUAGAACUUAGAAGUUGGCGAUUCGCCUCAUGGACAUAGUUUUUUAUUUAUAGAUCAGCGGCUCGUGUUUCCAAUCUGUGAAUAUGGAUAUUGUUCACGAUCUCGUCUUUUUGGAAGUUUAAACAGAUUGGUUGGAGGUCAUUAACAGAUUUUUGGUACUAAAUUGUUUCUUUGGGGUUAUAGAGCUUAUUGUGUAUGCUGUAGAUCGCUAAAAAGUUAACACUCUCAUAUUGCAGUGUUGUUGGAAGAUAUAUCAGAAGGGUAUGCCAUAGUCGUUAUUCUGUUUGGCAAAACCUAGGUCUGGUUUAAAAUUUGGCAUGGGAUUGGAAAUGGGAUUUGAUUCAAGCAUUGAUUGAAAAGGGAAUGUUGAUUUUCAUGUCAACUGCUUGGUUGAUUUUUGAGAUUGGC